AGCACUCAGACCGAAGCCAGGGCAGCCAUGUUCAUUACUGGAACCGUGAGGUGGGUGGGGGGUGGCGUUGAGACAGCUGUCAUUUUCAGUUAGGGCAAAAGCCAACUUCCGGUCACCAUCUUGAGUGCCGACAGAGGCGGAGCUCCAACUGACAUGUUCAUUAAGGGCAGGGCUCCGAGGGCGCCACCUCGAGAGCGACAGCGGGCUACCCGGGGCGGGCUGAGGCAAGUUGUAGCCCCGCCCCUGGCCUUGGGCUCCACCUCUCGGCCCCACUUCCGCCGUGCGAGCGUUUGUAGGCGGUGCUGCCGUAAAUCAACCGGUCGGCUUGCCGCAUCACGCAAGAUGGCGGCCGCGGCGGUGAACGGGGCGGCGGGCUUCUCAAGCUCCGGGCCCGCGGCGACCUCGGGCGCUGUCCUGCAGGCCGCGACCGGCAUGUACGAGCAACUCAAGGGCGAGUGGAACCGUAAAAGCCCCAAUCUUAGCAAGUGCGGAGAAGAGCUGGGCCGACUCAAGCUAGUUCUUCUGGAGCUUAACUUCUUACCAACCACAGGGACCAAGCUGACCAAACAGCAGCUAAUUCUGGCCCGUGACAUACUGGAGAUCGGGGCCCAAUGGAGCAUCCUACGCAAGGACAUCCCCUCCUUCGAGCGCUACAUGGCCCAGCUCAAAUGCUACUACUUUGAUUACAAGGAACAGCUCCCUGAGUCAGCCUAUAUGCACCAGCUCUUGGGCCUCAACCUCCUCUUCCUGCUAUCUCAGAACCGGGUGGCUGAGUUCCACACGGAGUUGGAGCGGCUGCCUGCCAAGGACAUCCAGACCAAUGUCUACAUCAAGCACCCUGUGUCCCUGGAGCAAUACCUGAUGGAGGGCAGCUACAACAAAGUGUUCCUGGCCAAGGGUAACAUCCCUGCCGAGAGCUACACCUUCUUCAUUGACAUCCUGCUGGACACUAUCAGGGAUGAGAUCGCUGGGUGCAUCGAGAAGGCCUACGAGAAAAUCCUUUUCACUGAGGCCACCCGGAUCCUCUUCUUCAACACACCCAAAAAGAUGACAGACUACGCCAAGAAGCGAGGGUGGGUCCUGGGCCCCAACAACUACUACAGUUUUGCCAGCCAGCAGCAGAAGCCAGAAGACACCACCAUUCCCUCCACAGAACUGGCCAAACAGGUCAUCGAGUAUGCCCGGCAGCUGGAGAUGAUCGUCUGAGCCCCCCAGGCACUGGGUGGGGCAGGGCACAAGUUAUUUAAAACAGUUACACUGCAGGGUUUCGCCCAAUAAAGGUGGAUUGACAUUCCCUCUUCCAGGCCCUUGUCUCCCCAGUUGGGAUGGCAGAGAGACAAGUUCUUAUAGCUGAAGAACUUGGAGGUUUCGGGGUGCUCAGGAGUUGGAGAUAACAGCCUCCAACUGGGUCAGCCUCUGUCUGGUGGGCAUUGCUCAGGGUCUCAAACACGGACGCCCACUGUGGGGCCCCAGCAGCACUGUGGCCUGCAGGGGGGCACGGCCUCAGGUAGGGGCUGUUCUAGCCAGCUGUGGACACACAGGAAUGCUGGGCCAGGGCACCAGAUGUUUUCAACAAAGGGGGUGAAGUGUCCUAUUAAAAAGAAUAAAUGUUGGCAAUGAAUUAAACAAUUUUUCAAAUGA